UUUCUGCGGCAGCAACACAGUAGUUACACUUUGGUUGUGAAGGCAUCAGACCGGGAUGGAGCAGCAGAUGGAAUUUCAUCCCAUUGUAGCUGUCAUGUGAAAGUUAUUGAUGUCAAUGACAACUUCCCAACUCUUGCUCAAAGCUCCUUUUCAGCAAGUAUUUCAGAAAAUUCACUCAGUUCAGAAAUUCUACGAAUACAAGCUCUGGAUGCUGAUGAAGAGUUUAGUGACAAUUGGCUGGCAGAAUUUUUCUUUAUAUCUGGUAAUGAAGAUAACUACUUUGAAAUUGUUACGGAUCCAGCUACAAAUCAAGGAAUCCUCAGAGUAAUUAAGGAACUGAAUUAUGAACAUAUCCCAACUCACUCACUGAGCAUCGGUGUCAGGAACAGAGCUGAAUUCCACCAUUCUGUUAUGUCUCAAUAUCAAGUCAUUGGAACACCCCUCAUAGUAGAAGUAAAAAAUGUGAUUGAACCGCCAAUAUUUAACCCGUCUGCAAUGAUCUUAUCUGUACCGCAAAGAACAAGGGUGAAUUAUGUUGUGGGAACAUACACAGCCUUUGAUGAGGACACAGGCACUACUGCAAAUAAUGUUAUUUACAGUAUAGGACGUGAUCCAGGUGCCUGGUUCAGAAUCAAUCAAAACACUGGGGAAAUCACAUUGAGCAAAGUUAUUGACUGGGAAUCCUCCUAUGUAAGAAAUGGGCAGUACACAGCAGAAGUUCUGGCUAUUACCAGAGGGGUUCCUCGAUAUACUGCUACUGGAACCAUUGUACUUACAAUGCAAGACACCAGAGACAAUUGUCCAGCUAUUAAUACAGAAUUAAGGAAAGUGUGUAUGCAUUCCCCAUCAGUGAUUAUUACAGCAAAGAGCAUAAAUGAUCAAUACGCCCUCCCCUUUACAUUCAGCAUACAUGGUGAACCUCAAACCACAUGGAUUAUCAGAUCAAUAAAUGCUUCCUCUGCAGAAUUAGUAAAUCAGAACAUGGACUUUUACCUUUACAAGAUCUCUAUCAGAGUAAGAGACAGCCAAGGUCGAAGUUGCUUGCAGCCGUAUGUGAUUCCUCUGCAAGCUUGUCGAUGUGACAGUCGCAAUUACUGCAGCAGUGGGGCCACAAAAGUUGUUAUCAUUGGAGGUGGUGGUGGUGCUGGUGGUGGUGCUGGUGGUGGUGGAGCUGGUGGUGCUGGUGGUGGUGGAUCUGGUGGUGCUGGUGGUGGUGGAGCUGGUGGUGCUGGUGGUGGCGGAGCUGGCGGUGCAGGUGGUGGUGGUGCUGGUGGUGGAGGAAGCCAGGCUGGUGGAGGAAAAGGACAAGACUAUGAUGGGACUGGGUAUGAAGGAGGUGGCGGCAGUGACUCCAACACAGACUGGGAUACUGACACUGGUGCAGACACUGGAGGUUAUGACACUUAUACUGGAAGCACGGAUACUGAUUACGGCAGAAAUGAAUAUCCUGGUGGAUACGCCCAAACUGGUGCUACCACACUUAGCGGUUCUGCCAUUGGCCUGAUGUUUCUUGGUGGAUUAAUAUUUGUUUUGAUUCCAAUUUUGAUGUCAAUGAGUGAUUGUUGUGGUUGUGGACCUGGAGCUGCAGCUGGAGUUGGAACUGGAUUUGAACCUGUACCUGAAUGCACAGAAGGGGCAAUUCAUCCAUGGGGAAUAGAAGGUGCACAGCCUGAAGAUAGGGAUGUUUCACACAUUCUCGCCCCAACAACAGCUGCUGGAGGUGAUUUUGGUGAACCCUCUGAUAUAUAUACAAAUACAUAUGGAGGAGGAGGAGUAGUAGCAUCUGGUGUGGAAGAAACGACAGGAGUUGGUUAUGGCACUGGUACUGGUUACGGAACAGCUGGAGGAAUUUCUGGAACUGGGGAAGCAAAAGGGUCAGUUGGAGGAACAAUAAAAGAAUAUCGAGAAGGAGGGGUGAACAUGGCCUUCCUGGACAACUACUUCUCUGAGGUAAUGACAUGGUCUUUUUUUUUGUGCUAUAUAUGUGAGACUGUUGUUACACUAUCCUCCAAUAGUGAGACUGGAAACACAAAAUUGUAGAAUCACAGAAACACAGAAUCAUAGAAACA